CACACACACACACAACACAUAGAGACAAAUAUUUUUAAUAAUAAAUUAACUAGUUUAAAAGAGUAGUACUCGAUAUGGUAAACAAAGAUAAUAUUUUUGUCUUGUAAUAAUUAAUUCAAGGUGUAUAUGCAUAAUAUAUGAGUAAAUAAGCAAGUAGCUUAAUAAACGCGUGAUUUAAAAGGGGACGUAGAUAUCGAAAAUAAAUCGAUUACUAUAUUUUGAUGGAUAAUUAAUGAAACAAGAAAAGAGAAUAUUUCCUUUUUCUUCUUUCGAAAUUUAUUGAAUGCAUUAAAAAUAUAAGGAUGAUCGAGAAUUUAUUAUCCGGAGUAAGAAUCUGCUCGCAAUUUAUCUUGACGAUGAUGACGUCACUCGUUCCCUUCCUCUUUUCACUUCCACCACUCUUUCUCUUUCUCACUUUUAUUCCCCCUCCAUCUCUCUCUCUCUCUUUUUCUUUCUCUAUCUCUCUCUUUCUCUUUGUCUGUCUGUCUGUCUCUUUCUGUCUCGUUCGUGGCAGGGCACAGGCGACGUCGUGAUGCGUCGUCGCAUCUCGUGUGCUUUCGGUUUUCUUUUUUUCAAGAGAGAAAAGAAAGAAAGAAAGACAGAGAUAGAGUGAGAAAGAGAGAAAAAUAACUCAUAAGGUAUCAAGGAGAAAAGGUUUCCUAGAAGUCGAUUUAUAUAGGAAAAAGAAAUAAAAGAAAAUAAAGCAGAAUGAUAGGAAGGUAGGAAGGAAGGAAGGAAGGAAGGAAGUCAGUCAGUCAGUCUAGUUCUUGAUCGAUACUAUAUUUAAAGUGUACUACGAACGUGCCGAAAAAUUUUUUCUUUCCGUUAAAUUGGACUUAUUAACAACGUUUACCACUCGAAUUCGAAAAGAAGAAAGAGACUAGCUAAGAAAUCGCAAUGUCAUAUCAUCGCGGUGGUCAGUCAGGGUCUGUAGCUGUGUCUUACAGUACCAGUCCAAUGGCACCACAUUCACCUAGCAGACGAUAUUCGAGUGGCUCAACGUCUUCGAGUACAACAACGUCCGGUGUCGGAGGUGGUGGUAGUGGUGGUGGCAGUGGUGGUAAUAGUGGUGGUGGUGGUGGUGGUGGUGGUGGUGGUGUUGGCAGUGGCAGUGGUGGUAGUAGCACCAGUGGAGUAACCAGUAGUAGCGGGAAUAGUAGUAGUUCAAAGCCCAGGGUCAAUUACAUAAGAGGUAGUACUCCAACUAUAAUUCGGGAUCGUUCAAGCAUUUUUCCAUCACCCCCAUCACCGUCGGUUUCUAGUAUUCGACCAAGCUACGAUUGCAGAAGAUCUUAUAAUCAAAGUGGAAGGUAAGCAAAAUAUUUUCAAUAUGAUUCAACACAAAU